UGCAUCCUCUCCCCUUCCUGUCCUCACCAAAACAACAUCAACCUAUCCUUCCUUCUCUCUCUCUUCUCUCUCGCGCCCCCACCCCCUUCCCCAAAUAGCUAGAAGGCAAUGGAGAAGACAGCAAAAUGCACCCUCUACCACUCUCUCUCAUUGGCAGAUCCUGUCUCUCUCUUCUAUAGCACGAUCUGCAUCUGGAUCAGCAUACUUCUUCAGAAGUACUCUCUGAGAUUUCUGUCCAUCUUGGGAUCCUACUUCGAGUUCCCCACGCCCACGUCAAGAAUUCAUGUAGAAAAGAAUACCUCAAGUGAGGCUCGAGGAGACCUUGAGCUGACCAGAGAAGAUGUGGAGACGGUCAUGGAGAAGAUUGGGAUGUCUUUGAGCCAGGAAGGCGACCAGCUGAAGGAGCGCAUGACCUUUGAUGAGCUUUCUACCAUGUUUGAGGAGAAGGGGCCGAGCUUGGAUGAAGUGGAGGCGGCUUUCUCUGUGUUUGAUGAGAAUUCUGAUGGGUUCAUAGAUGCCAUGGAGCUCCAGAGAGUUCUUUCCAAGCUGGCCUUCGGAGAAGGGGUGUCCUUGGAUUCAUGCAAACAGAUGAUCGCAGUGCAUGAUGAGAACCAAGAUGGAAGAAUUGAUUUCAGCGAGUUUCUCAAGUUUAUGGAGGGCAGCUUCUGCUGAAUUUCUCCAUUUUUUCCCCUUUUGUUCUUGUUUUUUUUUUUUUUUUCUUUUCCUCGUCAAGGAAAAGUUUGACAUUGAAUAUAGUCCCCAUGAAGAAAAAACAAGUAAAUUCUUUUACAAAUUCUUCAGUUUUAUC